CCCGCUGAGUGUUCGCGGGCGCGGUUAAACAAAAAAUGGCUUUUAACGGUCACUGAAAUGGAUGUCAAGUAGCCUUUUGGAAGAGAAAGAGAACGUGAAUAUUCCCAAUGAGUUUGCUAAAGAAGGCAAGACGACUACGAAGAGUUCUAUUUUGAAACCUUCUCAGAGAGAGAACGUCUCGUCGGUGCAACAGUUGACCCCACAAAAACCGCCAAAAGUUACUUUCAAGAAUACUCCAGUCCAUUACCGUCCUGCCUGUUACAAGGUAGAGUUGACGCAGUCACAGCUAGACACGUGGGAGGAGAUUCGCAGUCUUGACGAACUAGAAAACUGGACAGAGAGAACACAAGUAGUUACUAAAGAAGACCAUCAGAUUCACCUUGAAGCUGCAAGAGAAUUUCUUGAAGAUAUUAUAAACAAUCUACCUUGCAUCAAAUCCCCAGAAGCACAAGCAGAGAAAACAGUAAAAAGUGAAGACAUAAAAGAAAAAUCCCCAAGCAAAGUUGUUGAGCCUGUUGAAACUAAGCAAGAGUGUACCUCAAGUGUUGAAGAAAACAAGUCUGUAUCAAAGGUCAUACCUGAUAAGAUAAUGGAUGACGGUUUUGAUAAUGAUAGCGCUGGUCCCUUGGAUCCUGCUAUUGCAUCUUUGAAUUCCCUUCUGAAGGCAGGAGAGGAUGAAGAAAGAGCUUUUUCACCAAUUGGCAGUGAAAGAACAUCACCUGAUUGUGAUGCAAUGGUUACCAGUGAAGACAUUGAGAAGCUUCUUGCAAAGAAUGAUUUCCAAGAUGAGGGAGAAAUCCCUCCUUUAGAAUUAUCACAUGGAAGCAAGUUUGAUAAAAUGAUGGAUUUACAGUUUGGAGGAAAAAGUCUGGAAGAGAUGACGAGAAAGCUUGAUCAACUCCGAUUGAUGUCUCCCAAAAUUGAUAUUGGGAUAAACCAAACAGAAGAUAAUGAUGAGGAUUCGCUGCCUGUGAAGCGCAGAGGGGCAAAACCAUCACCAGGGAAGGAGACACAAGACACUAAAGACAAGAAAGAAAAUACAGAAGAAAAGGAAAAUAUCCCAGAUGAUGAGGAUUUUUCUUUACCAGUCAAAAGAAGGGAACCCAAAGCAGAACCAAAGAAACAAACUGACACAAAUGGUGACAGUGAAAAAUUCAAGAAGCCUUUGCCACCCAAACCCUGGAAAACAAAGAAGGUGAAGAUACCCAAAGAAGAAGACCCAUUCAUUGUGGUGUUACCUGGUGCUGGUGAGAGCACAGUGAAUGGUAAUAAUGUGAAUGCCGGUGUAGAUUUGCCAAAAAAUGGGUCAUCUUUUGCUGAACCAAAACCACAGCCAUCUGAUAGUGGUGCUUCUCAAGGAGAGAACUCACAAGGGGAAAACACAAGUGACAGUGUUAUCAAGAGUCAGGAAGAAACAGAAAAGCAGCCUUCAUUAAAAAACAAUGAAAAUGAAGAAGGGAAGAACAAAAAUGCUUCCGUUCAAGAUGAUGUUUUCUUAGAAAAACAAGAUGACUUUGGGCUGGAAAAUGAUGACUUUAAAUCAUCUAGUGAAGCUUUUUCUUUAGAACUGGACUACCUAGAGAAAUUUGGCAAUACUGAUAACCUUGAUAGAUUGUCGGCUCUUGCUCGUCAGUCACUCUACGUCAAGUUUGAUCCCCUUGUCAAAGGAUCUCCAGACCAAGAUCUGAAGCAGAUGAAAGCGGAUGCAAUCAAUUCAAAGCAAACACCGCCAGGAAACUUCGGUGAUUUAUUGCUUAUGAACACGCCGCCGAACCGACGAGCACAACAAAGACUUACUGCGAUCAAGGAGGCAAAAGGCAAAGACGCGAACAAUCUCUCUGAUGUUGAUAAGCUGUUAACUUUUAGCCCUCAAGCAAAGACCUCCAACGAAGACUCUAGUAAACAAUCAUUCGAACCACCAAAAUCCACAGCUCAGGACAACCAUAGUGAUGAGAGCCACGAUCCUAGUCUGGUAGAGCCUCUUCUCUACAGCAAAAGUGACAUAGCAGUAGCUGUCAAGAAGGAACGGGAAGCUCUUCUUAAACAGACCCACGAGGAGUCUGCCAUAAGAGACAUGGAAAUCCAAGAAAUUCAAAGCAAACUCCAAGCAGAAGUCGAGGGUAAUGCCAAGUUACGACGAGAGAACGAUGAACUGAGGACCGUGAUGAAUGAGUAUGAAAGAACGUUGGCAGAGAUGAUUGAAACGAGCGAAAAGAAUAAAAACAUGUCGGAUGAAUCAAAAAAUGAAAUAGUAAAAGAAAGAGAUCAGUUGCAAGCAGACUUAAAUUCCGUGGAAGCCGCGUUUUCAGAUUUACAUAGACGAUACGAAAAGCUCAAAGGAGUGUUAGAAAAUUAUAAAAAGAACGAAGAAAUACUUAAAAAAGCUACUAUAGACUACCAAGAAAAGCUUAAAAAAUCGGGAGAAAAAUAUCAGAUGCUAAAAAAGCACGCCGAAGAAAAAAUCGAAACUGCAAAUAUAGAGAUAAACAGGGUCCGAAGAUCAAACGAUUCGGAAAUGGCAGUUAUGCGAGCUGCACUUAAAAAAGAACAGAAUAAAUGUGCAAGCCUUGAGCAAGCAAUACAACAAAAGAUCAAUGAAAAUAAAGAACUAACAGCAAUUUGUGAUGAGCUGAUACAGAGAGCAAGUGGAACAAACUGAUUCGUCGACCUUUGCCAUGCUAUGGGAUAUUAAAAAGCUAAAUGCUUUCUUCAUUUCCAUGUCUUAAAUGACAGCAUUGUCAAAUGAUGCACAAAGCUGCAUUGUUUAUUUUGUAAUUACUGGUYUUAAAAACCCUCUAAUUAAACUUCUGCAUUUAGAAUGAUUGAGGAAUUCUACCAAUGGUAUACAGUGACAUGAGAUAACAUUUUAUUCUUGGUUACAUCUCAAAUUGAUUGGUGCCACAUUCCUGUUCACUGCAGAGUAUUGAAAAGUUGUGUAACAUAUAGACCUGGUACUGUCAGGUGUAGUGGUGACUCAUUCCAUGGCAUUAUCUAGUUUGUUUUAUAAAUAAAAAGCUUGAGCAUUCUCCAUAUUGACAGCAUUAGAUGUUGAUAGAAUGAUUAUCCAAGGCAUACAGAGAGUGAUUUAGUUCAGGCUAUACAUAGAUGUGUAUAUAAGCUGUUAGUUAUGCCAGCUGACAAUGAUAGUCUUGAUAAAAGUGUCAUUAUGAAAUAGUAAAAGUAAGACUAAAAUGAAAA